UUGGUGAACCUGAUUAAGACAGAAUGCCACAGUAUCUACACAAACGUGAACCUUGCAGCAGUUUGCAGUUUGCUGUGGAUUGCUGCUAUAGGUGCAGAGGUUUGAAGUAGGGUAGCAGGAGUGGACAGGAGGCGUUGUGGGCAUUUGUGUGUUGGUUGGUGUGAGUUGGAAUAAGGUUGCGAAGUUGUGAACGUUGCAUGUGACCUACUGGCCUCAGGGGUUGUAUGAUUGUAGUAAAACCCAUUCAUGCUCUCUCACAUGAUACGUUUCUAAUUAUAACGUAGUGAUUAUUGCUUUCUACACGCUGGCCAAACGAGGUCGUUCUGCGGCACGAGUGGCACAACUUACUACACUACCAUGGCGUAAAGUGCUUAUUUGCCGCAAAUAUUUUAAAUGGGAAUAAAUAACUUGAAACAUGCCCUACUGAGGCGAAACCUCUGAUAUUGCUAUUGCGGCUUCAUGGACGUGUGUUGAUCAAGAAAUUUAAUAACACUAAUUACGUUAAACGCUAAAAGGAUUGACAAUGGAAAUGCGAUAUUUGACGAAUGAACAUCUGGCAGGGUUCGAAAACUAUAAGUACAGUGCUCUGGAUACAAGCCCUCUCAGUAUUUAUGUGAUGCACCCAUUUUGGAAUAAAGUUGUUCUGUGGUGUCCAAAAUGGAUUGCACCUAACGUGCUCACCUUCGUGGGGUUUCUCUUCACAGUUUUCAAUUUUAUUUUGUUUUCAUACUACGAUUAUUACUUCUACGCAUCAAGUCUUGACCAUUCAGAAAUCCCUCCAAUACCAAGAUGGGUUUGGUUAGCAGCAGCUAUUAACAUAUUUCUCGCCUAUACCUUAGAUGGAGUUGAUGGGAAACAAGCCCGACGAACACAGACAAGUGGACCUCUUGGGGAAUUAUUUGAUCAUGGGUUAGAUUCAUGGACAGCUGUUCUGAUUCCUACGUGCAUGUAUUCGAUUUUUGGACGUACAACACAGGGAAUUUCAGCCAUGAGAUUUUACUUCUGUCUCUGGAAUGUGUUUAUCAACUUCCAUCUUUCUCACUGGGAAAAAUACAACACUGGUGUAUUGUUCCUGCCCUGGGGUUAUGAUGCUUCAAUGCUAGUUGCCAUUAUUAUAUUCCUUAUGACCUCCAUUUGUGGCCACAAGUUUUGGACAUUUAGGCUUCCUGGAGAUUUAUCAGCAGGGCAAAUGUUUGAAUUGACAUUUUAUAUUUGUGCUUUGGCAUCAAACUUGCCUAUGUGUAUAUGGAACUGCCGACUCAUAGUGUCACAGAUGUCAUCUACACGAUGUGAAAUUGUGAACUGGUUAUUGGUUCCUAUGGCUGUGACAGUGGUUUUGUCCAUAAGUCUACCAUCUACAGCACCGUACCUUGAACUGGCGUUGCUGUAUAUUCUAACCACACUUGCAACUAUUGCUCAUAUUCAUUAUGGAACUUGUGUGGUGAGGCAAAUGUGCAAACAUUUCCGAAUUGAUUGUUUCCGCAUUAGAAACCAUGGCGAUUGACUACUAGCUGACAACACGUGUUAAAUGCAGACACAGAGAGAAUUGCACCAUGGCUAGAGAGUGGAUGUAAUGCAAAGACAGCUUAUCCACUUCAUAAAAAUAAGGGUGCUAACAGACCUACCCUCAGCACAACAGGUAAUGUUUGUUAAUUUAUUUCCUUCAAUUUUCUUCAUCAAGAGACUUCUUCACCUUGAUCAUGAAGAGAAUGGAUGAGAAGAAAAUUGUCAUUUCUAUUUUUGAAUUCGUCAGUGAAGUCUUCAUUCCCCUGAGUUUUGCUGCCUACAUCGAAAAGAAGAGUGUGAAUGUAUCAGUGAUUUUUUGGCUUCAAGCAUUCUCUACAGAGCGGUGUAAAUGUAUAACGUAUCUUAUAUCUGAACUAAAAAAAUUGUGAACAUCACAUUCUAUGCAUUUUUAAGUUUAAGUAAUUGUGACCAACUGUUUCAAAUGUGUAUAAAACAUUGAUGUUUUCUGUUCAUGUCUUUUUUAAACAUUCCUUAUACUGUGAAUUUUACUUGCUCCUUUACAAAGUGCAAGAUAUAUAUUUAUUUGUUCAUAAACAAUUAUUGUAAUUUCAUUAUAUCAUUUUAUUUUAAUGGUUCAAGUUUUAUUUGCAGUAAACAAUCCAUUCUCAAACUUGCCAGUGUAGAUUCAAUUUUGUUUAAAAGUUAAUGUUACAAAACUAUCCAUUUUGCUUUUUUACACAUUACGUUCUAAACUCGGUUCUUUAGAGCAAAAGUAAUUAAUGGAUAGAAGCAACAGAAAAUAUACCCUUCAGAACAUGUGAUUUUUAUUGAGAUUCACUCUCUCAAUGUUACAAGCUGAGUAUACUUGUGAAGUACAAAAUUGUACACGUUUUAUAAAAUUGAUAGACAGAUGAUCAGAAUUUAGAAACUGCAAACUGGAUGCUUCCAUGUUGAAGAUUGAAGAAAACUUCACGUAUACAGAAGCGAAAUAUUUUUUUUACAGUCAUCUCAACUGGGCAAGUUCUGAAGCAAUGUUUAUUUUGUCUUAAAAGUAUGUUAAUUGUCUUAUAAGUUAAAUGUUAGUUUCUUAAAAGUAUAAAUUCAUGAAAAGCUGUAGAAGUAUUCUGUUAGUUCAUUUAUAAGGUUUCUAUUUCUUAAGUUUUCAUUUUUGUAUUCCAGGGAAUAUGCUGUUGUAAGAAGAUUUUUAAUGUUCUUGAUGCUUGUUUGUAACUACAAAGUAAAUAGCUUGAACUGCAACGUUUUUUGUUUGUGCUGUGAGGUUAAUUUGUCAUCAAUUUGGUACGUUCUCUCCGGUUCUGUUACACGUGUUGUCAUGUGUGUUACUAGGGUUUUUUUUUGCUUUAAUGUUCAUUGUACAAAAUAUUAGUAGUUAAUCUGAACAAUACUUGGAAUUGUAUUUCAUGUUUUGUUAACUAGUAUGUAUUUUAUGUGAAGUGUUUCACCUUGAUGUUUCAAAAGCAUGUAAUGCACAUGCAGUAUUUGUUUUAGCUAGUAAGUUAAAUUUCCAUGACUUUAAGGAAGACAUUUGUGUAAUUAUGCUCAUGAUCAGCAUAUUUAUUUGUUUAUACAGUGGUUUUCAUUUUAAAGAGCGAGAGGAUAUUAAUUAAUUGAACCAUAUGUUUUUCCCUACAACAACUUGCAACUUUGAAAGUUUUUGUGUAAGCCAUCAUGUGCAUGUUAUUACCAAUCAAAAUGGGAAAUGUGGCAAACACAUUUUGUGCAACAUUGUGUGCCUUUUCUCAGAAAGUAUCUCAAGUAUUGUAAACUACAUAGCAUAUCAAUAAGGAAGCCUAAAGUGACAUCUUUGGCCAUUGGAGGUUCUAUUUUAUGUAACAAUUUUGUUUUGGCUCAAAAUUGUUUGUUACGAAAUUUGUGCCAUAAUUUGCUUUGUAAGCCUUCAUGGCAUUGUAAGAAAAUGUAGUCUAUAUUUGAUUCUGUGUUAUGUUUUAAUAAUCUUAUUUUCUUUGUUACACCACAAGCUGUAAUGUUAUCUCAUGGUAUUGAUGCUAAUUUUUAAAGAAUAAUAUUGUUAGAAAUUGUGCAACUUCUGAUCAAUUUCUUGUUUUAUAAGAUAGAAGCAAUAAUUUGUUAAAAGAUGUUCCAUGUGUUAAUUUUAGGAUGAUGUGGAGGAGUGAAACAGUGGAGUACAAUACAAAUUCUUGUGGUGUAAUAAGAAAAUGAUAGAGAGAGGUAAUUUUGUGUAAUUUUCAGAACUUAGAAAUGAAAGACAAAAUAGAGAAAGGUUUGUGAAAUCUUUUUUUUGAAUUAAAUGUUCUCAGGAACAUUGUCUUUCAAAAGUACAAGCAAGUAAAUAUUGAAGUAGAACAGAGAGAUAUUUGCUCUUAAAUAAUAAAAAAUAACUUAGUUUUCUGUCCUUUUGACAUCAGUGAUGUGACGAGUUUUGCCUCUAAUUUGUUUGAAUUUUCAACAAAACAUUCUGUUUUUCUUUGAUAUCUGUACUUGCUAAUACAUUAAUGUAGUAGGAAGUGUGUUCACAAAUGUGACAUAGCCUUUACAAGAAACAUUCUUUCAAUUGUAUCAACGAAGAAUACAAUUUAAAUUGAUUUCUGAAUUUCCAGAACAACCCAAAUCCUAUAAUCGUAAAUUAAAAGAUAUUCUAUUAAAAAUUUGAAGCAAAAGCAAAAUAAGAAUUGUUGGGUAGCUUAUUUCUUAAAAUUUUUGCAAUGUUUAGAUUGUGAUACAAUAAUUCUUUCUUCAUAGUGACUUAUGUUUCUUUAAGUAAUUAUAUUUAUUCCCAAUUGAUUUUUUGUUAGCAACGAUUUAAUUUUAUUGAAAUAAAGUAUGUGUAUUAUUCUUCAUUGAAAUUGUCUCUGAUCUUUCUAGUCAUAAUCAUUUAUAAUGUGACACAUUUUUUGUACUUUUCUCAACUAAGUAAAAUACUGUUCAGAAGGGAGAGGGGAAUGUUUCACACCAUGAAUAUGCUAACAUCAGAAGCUGACAAUCAUAUGAAGUGGCACGUUUUUUUCUCUAAAUCAUAAUUGGAGGCAAAUAAUUGCAAGAAUUAUUUUAUUGUUUGUUACAACACAACAUGCAAUUGAAAGCUAAAAUCUAACCCGCUUGAUGUAUUACAAUAUUGUAAUUACAGGAUCAUUUACAUAGGAAGGGAGGUAUCAUUCCACUCCUUUUAUUUCCAAAGCUAAAAUUGUCAUAUUCUUGGCGAAAAAAGUAGUUAAGAAAAAAGGUAUCUUGUGACCAUCUUCAUUUUACUGCAUAUUAUCUCUCCUGAUUUGAAAAUUCAGUAAGAAUUAAUCAUUAUUUAUGUUUUGUUGAGAAAAUUAUCAGAGUUAUUCUGGUUUUUCACGCAUUAUGUGCUACUCAAAGAUACGUAAAAUAAAUCUGAAAUGUCACUCCAUAGAUUGUCUUUUAUACUGAUUGCUGUUUUUGUAAAAAUUACAUUGUCAAUUUUUUGUCCCAGGAACAGAAUGCAACCAAGGGCUUUUAAACUGUAAGGAUUACUUAUAAAAGGCAAUUUUUUUGUCUUGUUAUUAAUUUAUUCAAUCUUACUGUACAGAUGUUUUGAAAUUUUAUGAAGUAACUACAACUUUUUUUAAAGUACAUGAUUACGGAGAAGCUCAGGCUCAUAAGCCAGGUUGCAUUAAAAUAUUUUGUAUGUUAGAAUAGGAACAAUAACUGUUGGUUACACAUACCAUAAAUAUAAACAACUGCUUAUUGUAUUUUAUAUUCGUUGAAAUGUUUGACAAAAUAAAAGUCAUAACACACUUGUAUUCCAUUUUCCCAUUGAAAUACUACCUUUCAAGAUUCUUGUUUCCUAUACUGGUCUAGAAUUAUUUUACGAUCCUCUGGAGCUGGCAUAUAGGGAUAAAUACCUUUUGCACGCCUCUCUGCACGAACUCUAGUCCAAAAGUCCUUACAGGCUUGAUAAUUAGCAAAUGCUAAGGAGCAUUUGUCUUUAUCAAACCCAUUUUCAUGCAAACACUUGUAGGACAAAUCUUGUUCCUUUUCACACGGGUUAUCAAAUGGAGCAACUCUACUUCGGGAUAAAUGGUUUUGUUUAGCGUGUCGCGAAGUGCUAUCCUGUUGAGCCAUUUUAAUGUAGCCUAUUCUUGGGACUCCUACGAUAUAGUGAGCAAAACUGAUUAAUUUUUCGACACCGACAUCAAUAACUGAUAAAAGCUUUUCAAACUUAUGUGCAGCUUGCGUUAGGCUCGUGAAGUAGUACACAUAAUUAAACACUCCACAACCGCAUGUAUGCAGAGGUAAACGUAUACUGAUUGAUACUCAAUUUAGCAGACAAGGCAUACCUCAAGAAUAUUGAAAGGGGAUUGAGAAGCUUAAUAAAAUUUCAUUGACAUUUCCAUGUCUAUUUUAAUCAGCAAUUGUUUUUUUGUUGCCUACUCUCUCCGUUUACCACUUCAAUUUCAGCUUCCAAAAGUUCAUAUGGAACAUUUUAUUAAAUUUAGGUAAGCGCAGUCUCCAAACAAGUAGAAAUCAAAAUUAUCCAAUGCUAUCCAGAUGCAAUCCGCGGGAGCACGAGCACUGGGGACCUAAGCUGAGUAUUGUUGGAAUGACCAAAGAGUAUAUCGG